CCAGAUUUUUGUAUUUAAACUUGUCCUUCCUCCCGCAAGUGAUAUAGUCUAUUACUACUUGUUCUUCAUCCAUCCUACAGCCAAGACUUGAACAAGAUGUCUUCCAGUACUCCUCCAUCCCACGGGGCAACUACCCCUACACAAUAUACCGACAAGGAAGACGGCGGCCAUUAUCAUUGCAACCAUCCUCACCACUACUAUGAAGAACGGAACAAGAACGUUCAGAAGCCUCACCAGUCCAUGGUAUCGCAAGUCUACAACCCUUCGUUCUUCAAGGUUGCCAACCCUGGUCCUCUUGGCUUGAUUAGUUUCGCUCUGACUACAUUUGUUCUUGGUCUCUACCAGUGCGGUGCUGGACUUCCCGGAUCCAACCCCUUUGGUGGCAUCGGCCCUGACCAAGCCAUCUUUGGUCUGGCUGUCUUCUUCGGUGGCAUCGCCCAGUUCUUUGCAGGUCUCAUGGAAUUUCGUGUGGGCAACACUUUCGGUACCACUGUCCAUUGCUCCUACGGUGCUUUCUGGCUAGCCUUUGCCAUGUUCUUCGUCCCUGAUCUUGCAAUCAAGGAUGCAUACAAGGGUGACGACCGCGCGUACAGCUUUGCCCUGGGUAUCUUCUUGAUCCUAUGGUGCUUCCUCACCCUCAUCUUCUUCAUAGCCGCUCUCAAGACGAACAUUGCCAUUCUGGUUGUGCUUGGCUUUUUGUUCCUUGCCUUCCUCUUCCUCAGCAUGGCUCAGUUCUUACAGACCAGCCACCCUAUUGCGGCAAUUCGAAUCAAUAAGACGGGUGGUGCAUUCUCUGUCAUUUGCGCCGCAGCAGCGUUUUACGCGGGAGCCGCAGGUAUCAUGACCGAGGAUACGACAUGGGUCCGUUUCCCUCUUGGCGAAAUCGAUGUCAAGCCCAGGAAGGCCAACAUCGCAUAAGACGCGGGUGGAGCUUACAUUACUCCUCAGGAAGGGCAGUGUGAUCUAAUAGUGAAUUGAUGCAAUGACAUUGCAUGGCAUGUUAAUGAUUUGAUUGAGAACUGGAGUAUUCAUUUAAUGGCGAGAUAUUAUGAGUAAUAAUGUGAAUAACCCCAACGUAAGAAGAAUUGGCAAAGACAAGUUUUAGAGAACAAUGAAUGACGUCAGAUACAUGCCAUAAUCAAGCUGUAUGAGGACGUAUGUCUUACUCUAUAGACUGAAUGUUUUAUGUUUUGUUAAGAAUUGUGUCAACAUGAAAUUAAAUC